GCUCCCCCCCCCAACCCCCCCCCUCGACACCGCCACCACACGCCGCGCACGAUGCCGUCCGGCCCCGAGCUCAAGUUCGAGACGCUCCAGGUCCACGCCGGGCAGAUGCCGGACCCCGCGACCAACUCGCGCGCGGUUCCGAUCUAUGCCACGACGUCGUACACCUUCAACGACAGCAAGCACGGCGCGGACUUGUUCGGCCUGCGCGCGUUCGGAAACAUCUACUCGCGCAUCAUGAACCCCACGAACGACGUCUUCGAGAAGCGCGUCGCCGCGCUCGAGGGCGGCGUCGGCGCGGUCGUCGUCAGCAGCGGCAUGAGCGCGCAGUUCCUCGCGAUCACGACCAUCUGCCAGGUGGGAGACAACAUCGUCAGCACGCCGUCGCUCUACGGCGGGUCGUACAACCAGUUCAAGGUGACGCUCCCGCGCUUGGGGAUCAACGUCAAGUUCGCGAAGGACGACGAGCCCGCGAGCUUCGAGGCGCUCGCCAUCUACGUCGAGACGAUCGGUAACCCGCGAUUCUCGGUGCCGGAUUUCCGCGCGCUCAAAGCCGUGGCGAAGAAGCACGGCAUCCCGGUGAUCUGCGAUAACACCUUCGGCGCGUGCGGAUACGUGUGCCAGCCGCUGCGCCACGGCGCGGACAUCGUCGUCGAGAGCGCGACGAAGUGGAUCGGCGGGCACGGCACCACCGUCGGCGGCGUCAUCGUCGACGGCGGCACCAUGGAUUGGAACAACGGGAAGCACCCCGUCUUCACGGAGCCGUCGCCCGGAUACCACGGCUUGCGGUUCUGGGACACGUUCGGCCCGACCGGCGUGCUGGGCGUCAACGUCGCGUUCAUCAUGCGAUGCCGCGUCGAGGGCUUGCGCGACGUCGGGAUGUGCCAGAGCCCGCACGGAUCGUUCAACUUCAUCCUCGGACUCGAGACGCUGUCGUUGCGCAUGGAGCGGCACUGCGCCAACACCCUCGCGCUCGCGAAAUUUCUCGAAGCGCAUCCGAUGGUGACGUGGGUGUCCUACCCCGGGAUGUCCGACCAUCCGUAUCACCGACGCGCGGUGGAGUACUUCCGCGCGGACUCCUUCGGCGCGGUCCUCACGUUCGGCGUCAAAGGCGGGUUGGAGCAAGGGAGGAAAUUCAUCGACGCCGUGAAGCUCGCGUCGCAGCUCGCCAACGUCGGAGACGCGAAGACGCUCGUGAUUCACCCGUCGAGCACGACGCACGAGCAGCUCACGGAGGAGGAGCAGACCGCGUCGGGGGUGACGAGCGACAUGAUUCGCGUCUCGGUCGGGAUCGAGCACAUCGACGACAUCUGCGCGGAUUUCGCGCAGGCGCUCGACGUCGCCGCGCACUGA